AUGAACCCACCAGCCACACAACUAUCUGGAGCUCACAACGGGGAUAGCAGGGCCUACCUUAUCACCAACGUCGGAAACUAUCCAGCCAUGUUCAUCUUUCAAAGCAAGACACCGUUCAUUCAUUCACGCCUGUAUCAUAGUGCCUUGCCUAAGAUGAUGCAAGACGCUUUCGCCAUUUAUGCGCUUGAUUUGACGAUGACCGAGACCAACAAGCUCGCUGUGUUCCACAUUAUGGAAGCAAAAGUGGCAGAGCUGAUUCACAAGAGCAACGAAGCAACGUGGCCAAUCGCCGACAAUUUGGCAGGCGUUCAAGCUUUGAUACUGGUACAUAUCAUCCAGCUCUUUGACGGGGACAUACGGCAAAGAGCUCUUGCUGAGCAGAAUGAGGUCAUUCUUGUCCGGUGGACUGACCAGCUUCACAUGCGAACGAAGAAUGAGCUGGUCGCGUCCAAUUCGCCCGUCUGGCCAUCAUGGAUCUUCGCUGAGAGUCUCCGCCGCACCAUUCUUAUGUCGCACCUACUCCGAGGGCUUUAUUCGUGUAUCAAGCUGGGCUUUUGUCAUAACGUUGCGUCUUUGGCACCGUCGUUAUUCACUGCACGAGCACCGCAAUGGGACAAUCCAGUGGGAGACACACUGAAGUGCGUCGAACAAUCUCAGUCACCACCGGUGGUGUCGUACUAUGAUUUCGUGCUGAUGUCAGACAAGAGGCGGCCUAUCCAAGCCGAAGCAUUCGAGCGGCUCCUCCUGGUCGCGUGUAAGGGAGAAGAAUGCAUUGACACCUUGGAACCUGAUCUGCUCUCCCAAGAAGUGUACAGAUAG